AUGGAGGAGGCGGGCGCCCUAUGGGCGUGUGGGCUGACCGAGGUGCUGGUGUCCUUUGUUUACCAACACAUCGAGGACGCGCUGCGGCGGCUGCACGUGGAGUCUUUCUGGCGGCGACUGCAGCAGCCGCAACCGCGGGAGGGGCUGGAGGAGCAGCUCCUUGGCGCGCUGCAGGGCCUCGCGGCGGCUGUCACAGGCCAGCAGCAGCAGCUGGCGUGCCUAUCGCAGCAGCUACUUGGCGCCGCGGGCGCCGCCGGCGCGUCCGUCGGCGGCGCUCUGGGCCCAGGCGGCAGGGGGGGCCUGGCGUCGCUGCUGGUGGGACUGCUGCCGCGGCACCGCACCCUGGUGGCGGCCACUCUGCAGUCAACGGCGCCCCUGAGCAUGACAGCCCUGCUGCGGCGCUACUACUCAUCAAAGCUGGCGGAGCUGUGCUCCGCGAUGGAGGCGCGGAGCGGGGGCGCGCCCCUGUGCGGCGACCUGGACGCUUGCGACGACCAGCAGCGGCGCGGCGCGCGCGGGCGCCUGUUGGCGGGGUGCCUGGACGAGGACGAUGACGCAUCUAUGAGCAGCGGGGAGGGCGGCGCGGGCUCGGAUGACGCGGGCGGCGCCAGCGGAGGGCUCGAGGCGUUGGGCUGCGGCGGCGACGCCAUUGGUGGCGGUGGCGGCGGGGAGUUCCCUGGCCUGUCCAGCGCUGGUGCGGCCGCCGCGCUGGCCGCGCUGGGCCCCACGUGGGGCUGGCGGCUGCAGCGCGUGUCAAGCUGCCUGGUGGCGCUCGGGCUCGAGGCGGCCAGCGAGGAGGCGUACACCGCCGUCGUCAACAGGCAGGGCCGGGCAGGGGCAGGCAGGGGCGGGCGCCUGACGCACGUCCAGCGCCGGCUGCAGGCCAUGGCCUCAAAGGUCCUGGACCGCCGCGUGCUGCCCGCCGCACAGCGCACCGCCUGCCACGUGCCGCUCGAGUUCCUGCGCCUGCUGCUGGCAAAGGGGCCCGCGGGUUCUGGCGGCGGCGGCGUGGACGGGUAUGGCGGCGCGCCGGAGGCGGGCGGCGUGUGUGACCCGGGGCCUUGGGGCUGGGGUGCGGCGGAGGCUGAUGAUGACGAGGCGAUGCUUAGGCUGCAGGAGUGGCGCCUGCGCCUGGCCUACCUGCUGCUGGAGACCCUGGGGGCCUUGCGCACCGGCGACAUGUUUGACGCGGCGGUGGACUACCCCGACAGCGCCCCCGCCAUCGCUGACCUGGCAGAGUGCCUGCGACACACGAACCUCGCCGCGUCGUUCGCGCAGCGCUUCGGCGCCGCGCUGCGUGCGCGCCUGCUGCACGCGGGUGCGGCCACAGGUGACAUCAUCGCGACGUACGUGUCCACCAUCCGCGCGCUGCACACGGUGGACCCCAGCGGCGCCCUGCUGGACGCCGUCGGCGAGCCCGUGCGCGCCUACCUGCGGCGCCGCCCCGACACCAUCCGCGCCAUCGUGUCGCUCAUCACGGACGACGGCGGCGGCGACGACGGCGACGACGGUGCUGGCGGUGGCGGCGCGGGCGGCCUGCUGGCUGAGCUGGCCGGGGCCGGGGGCCUGGGAGGCGGGGCGGGCGGCGCAGCCGGCGGCGGCCGCGGCGGGCCCGGCGCGUGGGCGGCGGAGGGGGAGGGGGAUGAGGCGGCGAUACGGCUGCUCCAGGGGCUGGAGCAGGGCGGCGGCACGGCCGCCGGCGCCGGCAGCGACGGGGCCGCGCCCGGGGCGCCCGCGGCCGCGCCCGACGUAGUGUCGCUGCUGAUAGGCAUCUACGGCGGCGCGCGGCCCUUCCUGGAGGAGUACAG